GGGGAGACAUGAGUAUCUCCGAGGCUAUACAAGAGGACACAGCUGUAGGGAGGGAGAGGAUAUGAUCGGGGGUUCCUGCUAACGGCAGACUUUCUGUACGACUUGUGUCAUCACUAUUAAUCCCACAAGCACAGAGAUGGUGUGGACGAAGUAGUGCAAACCUUUCCACUGAAAGUCAACUCAGUCCUUGAAAGCCCUUCUGUGGUGGUUGAAGAGAGGAAUGAAAUUCCUCCAACUGGUAUCAUCUUUACAUCUCUGAGUCAUCUGAAAUCAGCAACCCUGCACCUGCCUGCCACCAUGAAUGCCUCAGCCGGCAACAGCACCCCUCUCUGCUACUCCAUCAAAAGCCCUCCAUUCAACCUAAGCUACCUCCCCACCGUAGCCUCAGCCUACUUUCCGGCCAUCUUCUGUGCUGUCGGUCUCAUUUCCAAUCUCAUCGCCUUCGUAGUUCUCGUCAAGUCUUUCCUGCAGGGACACAGCCGCUCACGCUCCUCCUUCCUGAUCUUCCUUGGCGGCCUGGUGGUGACUGACUUCAUGGGUCUUCUGGUCACAGGCUCCAUUGUGGUCACCUUCCGUUUUACAAACUUUAACUGGCGCAGUUUAGACCCUUACUGCCACUUCUGCAACUUCAUGGGCAUGUCCAUGGUCUUCUACGGACUGUGCCCACUGCUGCUUGGUGCUGCCAUGGCUGUGGAGCGCUUCAUUGGCAUCAACUGUCCAUUUGCACGCUCCACCAGCACACCCAAGAGCCGGACAGUCUCCAUGGUGCUGAUGGUGUGGUUUAUCGCCGGCUGCAUCGCCCUGCUGCCACUAAUGGGCAUUGGGAGCUACCACAUACAACGGCCCGGCUCCUGGUGUUUUUUCAACAUCAGCUUUGAGGGGAAUGACCAGGUCUUCUCCCUGCUCUUCUCAGUUGUUGGGUUGAUGUGCAUCGCUGUGUCAUUCCUGCUGAAUACGAUAAGUGUGGUGACCCUGAUCAAGGUGUGCUGCGGGCAGCACAGGAGGCAGCGGCGCAGAGACCAUGAAGUGGAGAUGAUGGUUCAGCUCAUCCUGAUCAUGGUAAUCGCUUCUAUCUGCUGGUGCCCCCUCCUGGUCUAUACUGUACAAACUGUGCUGUCCAAAGCCAAAACCGAGGACAAAUUCCUAUUGCUCUAUAUACGCUUCGCCACCUGGAACCAGAUCCUGGACCCGUGGGUAUACAUCCUGUUUCGGAGGGCGGUUCUUAAAAAAAUUUACCCCCGCUUUGACAUGUCCCGGGGCUCCAUCAUGACCCUGUACCCAUAUUUCAGCGACACCAUGCGCAGGCUCACACGCUCUUCGCUUGGGAGCACGCCAGGAUCGGAUGCAACAGGAGACAGGAGAAAGUCAAAUGUAACACCCCUGUCUACCUUGAAGCCAGAUCCUCCUUCUCCAUGAUUGGUUGAAUUUGAGUUGUUGUUGGGGCAGAAUGAGUGACAUGAUUGGGUCGCAGUAUGUGUUUGACUGUUUACACCCUCUCAUCAAUUCUCAUGUGGACUAUGACAAGGGUAGGAUGCAAGAUUGCACCUAUAUAACCUGAAAGGAUUAUGUUACUGCAUAUCAUUUAAAUAUUUUUUCAGUAUUAGCAUCGACACUUUAAUUCAGAACUAAGUAUACAACAGAACAGGGAUCAAACCUGUAAUUUAUCAAUAAAAAAGCAAUCCCUCUAACCACUAUACUGAAGUCAGCUAAGGCAAAGUUUAAGCUAUCUACAAUCACUGUCAUUUCCAGAUGUACUGCUUCACACUGUUCAAGUAUUUUCAUGAUGUAUGACUUUUAUGUAGUAUUACAGUAGAUUGGGGCAUUUAGGUGAUAUGAAUAUGAUGCUUUAUUCUGGUGCAUCAUUAUGCCUUUAAGAUCACGUACACUUUGCUGAGAUGCUCUUGAGUGUCACAAUAGACCCAGAAAGAACUACUUUCUGGGAAUGAUUUCCAGUUGUGAUUCUGAUUGUCUCUUUGUUGCUUUAUUUUGUACAAGCAACAUCUAACCUAUUGCAUGUCUGUCCAUCCUGAAAGAGGAAUCCCUCCUCUGUUGCUCUUACUGAAGAGCCCUCCCUGUUUACCCAUUAAAGUCUAAGGAUAGAAGGUGUUCUUUGCUGCACAGAAUGUUCAGCAUUUUGAUAUUGUCAUGUUGUGAUACUGGGUUUUAUAAAUAACAUUUGACUUGACUUUUUACCAUAGCUGUGUUUUCAGGCUCAUGCUAAGUGUGUUCCCUUUCCUAAGUAUUUAAAUGAACAUUCCUGGGGGAUCCCUUGAAUGUUGAACAUGACAGUACAUCAAACACUGAAAACUGACUUCUGCUGAUCUUGUAAAGGUUCUUACAAGUGAGAAUGUUUUGACCAAAAUUUAAUAUAUCUUAACAGCUGCCUCCUGUGCAAUUUUCACUGCAUUGUCAACCAGACAGUAUUAUCUCAUAUGCAACUAUAUCUGCAGAUUCUUAAUUGUGACGUGCAGCUACUGCAAGGUCACGUGUAAUAGGACUGAACAUGCUCCCACAUUAUUAAGAUAGCAGUUUCCAAACUUUGAAUACUUGGAAAUGAUCAUUUGCUAACUUUCCAAAUUUUCUAGAUUUGUGAACUGCCUAUGUGUAAUUUCUUGUAUUUUAUUUAAUUAAUAAUUUUGUUUUCCACCUCAUGCUUGUCUGUCAUAUACUGUAUGGACUCACGCAUGUUUUCCAGAGGAAAAAAAAUAGACCAUGAAAAUGCAGUGUUAAUAAUGUCAAUAACCAAUUUCUUUUUUUUCCUUUCUUUUUUUUACAUUUAACUUCAAAAAUCAGAUAAAAAAUGUAAUUACAAUGUAUAAGAUAUAUAAAUUACACUAUAUGAAAAUGAUGAAAAUAAUGCCUGAUGUUGAGAUUAAUGUAAUCUUUAGUAAAUUUUAUAAAAGAAGAAAGAGUAACUAUUUAAAGUUGCCUAUUAUCUUUGGCGGUGUUAUAUAAAUAUCUCAGUGUUACUAUUUUACUUAUUUUAACUCAUUUUACUCACUGUAUCACUAGUGUGGGUUUGUUCUCCUAAUUUUUGAUUUCAUUCUCUGCUGAAAUAAUCAAUACACCAAAAUUCCCAUUUACCUCUACUGGAGUCUAGCCCUGCAGAUAGUUUAGGUUUUAUUUGUCCAGGUUUUGAGAUAUCCACCUUUGAGAUUGGAAGUGGAUAGAUAUUCAUUUAUGCUGCUCAAGCAAAUAAGACAUCAUAGUGUGCAAAAUAUGGUCUAAAAAGUAUUUUAAGUAAGUGAGCAAGGUUAAGAAUAAGUGUAUACAAGGCAAAGUGUAAAAAUACAUUUAUGUAGCUUUUUUUUAUUUGGGUGAAACGACCCUUUGAAAAUAAGCUAUGUGGUUUGUGUUGUUCUUGUUUGUCUUCCAAUACUCUUUGAGAAAUGUUCCUCUCUAAACUAAUAUAUGUGUUUGCCUACAAAGGCAAAAAAAUUUUUUAGAUCCAGAGUUGCUCAGGAGGAAGGAAAAAUAAUAUUUUUGGGGGAAGGGGUGAAAUUGGAAUAAGACUUAGCUGUACUAGCAAGCUAAGACCUAUAUAUAAUGUUAAUAUGGUUUCAUAACCCUCUCUUUCCUCUUGCCUCUUUUCUGGGCCUCAGUCCAGUGCUAAUAAAAGUGUUUUUAUUUCUUCCUCCAGAGCAUCUCUACCUCUCAGAGAUGUUUAACUAAAACAUCAAGUUGCUGUCUACUGAGAAGGUAUUCAUGAUAACAAUGUUCACUGCAAGUGAGUGCUGCAAGAUUUAUUUGUUGAGUAAUUCAAAUCCAGCCUGACAAUUUGGGCAAUGCCAUGACAAACAUUUUAGCUAAAUUGUUAUAUUUUGCUGAAAAUUACCUCCUUUUUGCCAUUUGUUACAUUACUUGAUUACUCUGUCACCCAGCUAUUCAUGCUGAUCCUGCACCUAAUUCAUUUUGAACAUUGUAUCAUCACUGAUAUCAGUCUGACUGUCACUAGAUUCCCAAACAAAUCGACCUGAACCAACCACAGAUAAUAGCUGAUAUGUGUCUUGUUUUAUAUCUUUGGUUGUAUCAUCCGAUGAAAAUGAAGAGUAACUGUUGAAUGCGCCUGACAGAAAUGGCAUGUGAUUGUACAUAGAAAUAAAGGAUUAGUAAAAUUA